UUGGUUUCCCAAAGGCCGUUUGGCGUCCCAAAGACGUUUGGUGUCCCAAAGGGCGCCUGCCGUAUCGAGGAGACGCAGAGCAGGGCGAAGAGGGCGCUCGAGCUUGAUCUCGUGUCUGACGUAUCUACACCUGGUGGCCUACAACUCUUAACAGCUUUGAAUGAAAAGGAGAAGCUGACCACCAUCAACUUAUCUGAACUGUUAUACAGGCUGAAAAGAUUUGAUUUGUUAAAGAAGUUCCUGGGGACUGGAAGAGCAGCCGUGGAAGCCAGUUUGGCCAAGCACCCUCAGAUGUUGUCAAAAUACAGAGAUUUUAGCUCCUCAGAAAAU